UGUGCCAACACAGCUGCCUAUUGAGAGGCAGCGUUACGGACACAAUGUGAGCGACAGACUUGCUGUAUCAACAGCUCCCCCUUUUCUGCUGUUGUGGCCAGAAAUAAACCAUAAAUACCCCCCCUGUCCCUGCCCUCUAAUGGCUCAACCCCACCAAACACCAAGUGGCGCCGAAAAAGAGGGGACACUACCACUUCCUAGCAGGCAUACCCAGGUAAAAACCCCACUCUGGACACAGUCGGUGUAAUAAUUCCAAUGCAAUGGAGUUAGAUGGUGCUGCACCAACUGGAGACCCAGUGGAGGAGCAGUGGAUCAGGAGGAUGUCGGAGCAGCAGAGCGCCCCAGAGCAGCUGGCUGCUGGGAAGAGCCAGGGUGGAGCUGGAGCCACAUAUAAGGUGUUGCUGUUUGAGUUUGAGAACUUUCAGGGCUGCAAGGCGGAGUUUUCCUCAGAGUGUAAAGAUGUGACAGAGAAGGGACUGGAGAAGGUUGGAUCUGUGAUAGUUGAGUCAGGACCCUGGGCGGGUUAUGAUCGGCAUGGCUUCACAGGGGAGCAGUUUAUUCUGGAGAAGGGCGAGUAUCCACGCUGGGACACCUGGACCAACAGUCAGAACAGCUACUCCCUCUUGUCUCUAAGGCCACUCAAAGUGGACAGUGCUGAUCAUAAGCUACACCUGUAUGAGAACCCUGGAUUUACUGGUAGAAAGAUGGAGAUCGUUGAUGAUGAUGUGCCCAGUUUGUGGGGCCAUGGUUUUCAGGAUCGCGUGGCAAGUGUCAAGGCUCUUAACGGAACAUGGGUUGGCUACAUGUACCCAGGCUACAGGGGGCGCCAGUUUAUCUUCGAGCGAGGAGAUUUCAAGCACUGGAACGACUGGGAGGCCCCUGCACCUCAGAUCCAGUCAGUCCGACGUGUGCGGGACAUGCAGUGGCACAAGAGGGGCUGUUUCACUGUUCCUGACCCAGCUCCGGCUCCCGGCCCUGGCCCCGUCCCCGGCCCUGACCCCGACCCUGCCCCAGCACCUCCCGCCCCUCCUGCCACAGCUGGAGCCAGCUGAGCAGGAUCCUAACACACCUCCCCUGAUGCUGCCGACAGUGCCUGCCCUCUGCCUUAACCUAAACAUGGCAAACGCUGCUUGUGCCCA